UUGUAGAGAAUUGAGUUUAGACAUUUUUGGCUGAAUGCACUUUCCGUUGUGUGUCUCCGUUUCUUAGCAACUGAAAACGACGCGUGAGAGGAACGUGAGCUUGUUUCCACAUUCACCAAUAGCCACUUGUUUAAAACAGGAAAGCAACUUGGAAUUUACGAUUCUGACUCAUCCAUCAGAUGACAUGGGGAUUUCACUGAGCAGAGGUGCCAAGUGGACUACAGCAGGUUCUGGUACUGCCAAGCUAGAGCUUACGCCAAUGAAUGAGUCCUUGAUGAAUGAAAUCCUACGCUUUGUGGAGCAGUUCAGCUCUCAACACCCAGAGGAGGCAGAGCAUGUGUUUGAUGAGCCACUACAGUGGACCACUGCUUUAGUGGCCUCUGAUUUUGAAUCAGAAUCAGACUAUGACAUCAGUGACUCAGAUAUACAGUCACAGGAGAAGGACAGAGAAGGUCAUCCACUGUUACAGCUCUCCCCUCCUGUUGUUAACGUGCGAAGCUUCAGACAGCUCUCUAAACUAGUUAAUCUGGCAGAAGCUAAGAGGCUGGGAGAAGUUCAGGCAUGUCUAGAAGGAAAUCGAGAUCCUUUAGUUAAGAUUCUUGGUCAGGACUUUGCCGACCUCCUUAAGAGAGACGACGCUGACACUGAUGUGAGUCACAUGCAAGAUCAAGGGAAAGACCAAGACCAAAUAAAAUCCUCAGAAGUCAAGGUCAAGCUGUUUCAGUUGCUCCAAAUCAUGGAUCAGAGGCUCAUCAACAAGCUUCUGGAAGGCAUCUCAGAAAAAGUCAAGCUCGACCCGACUGCAGUCAAAAAUGAAGUGGAGUUGUUGAAAAAGCUCUGCAGUGAAGGGGAAGAGAGGUUCUUGAAGUCCAUUCGAUACACAUCAGAUUUUGAGUUUCCAAAUGGCUGCCGUGCCCCUCUGUGGAGACAGGCGCAUGGUGACAUGUGUUACCUUGUAAUCGAGCCUUAUGAGACAGAAAAUCUCUACAUUACCUGCAGCAGUGAUGGAGAUUUUCUCAAUGGGGGAAUACAACAGAUGGAGGACGACAGCAGCUAUGAGCGAAAAAGUGAGGUAUUUGUGGACCUGGUAGCACUUCUGAAGAGCAGAUUUCCUAAUUUUUCUAUGAACAUAAACAAACAGGAUUCUGCAGUUCAGGAAUGUCCUUCAACAGAAAGGAGCCAGCACGGUGAUGCAGUGGAACAAGGCCGACCCCAUAGGUCCUAUGAGCAACAGGAAGGUUUUGUAGAUAUGAAGGCAAGACAACAGCACACACCUGUCGGGGCAGAUGAUGGGAAGAAAUACAAACCAUGUCUGAGAUGGAAGACUCUUGGUCUUGCGUGUGCAUGUGGUGAUGUGGAAAUAAAAAAAUGCUUGAGGAACUCGGGAGAGACGAUUGGUGAAAAACAAAAUAAACAGCUGGGACUUGGAGCCAAGACUAACGCAGUGUUUUCUUUACAUGGACCAGUGUCAUCCCAGAAAAUGAAGACCACUGCGGGAGCCCUGCCAGUGGAUCAUUUUAGUGAAAGUUCAUCUGAAAGUGAGGAUGAGGAGGAGCAGGCAGAGCGCCACCCGGAGAGUAGCACAGACCUGCCUGCUGAAUACUGGCAGAUCCAAAAACUGGUCAAGUACCUUAAGGGAGGAGACCAGACAGCCACUGUACUCACUUUGUGUGCAAUGAUGGACUUUAAUUUGAUGCAAGAAACAUGCCAACUGGCUAUUCGGGAUCUAGGUGGCCUUGAAGUCCUCAUCAACUUGCUGAAUACAGAUGAAGUCAAAUGCAAAAUUGGAUCUCUAAAAAUCCUGAGGAAAAUAAGUCACAAUGUGCAAAUUCGUCGGACCAUUGUAGACAUGGGAGGCCUGCAGAGCAUUAUAAAAAUUCUGGACUCACCAGUCAUGGACCUCAAAGCCCUGGCUGCUGAGACCAUUGCCAACGUGGCUAGGUUCCACAGAGGAAGGAGAACUGUCAGGCAGUAUGCUGGUAUCAAGAAACUAGUCAAACUACUAGACUGUGUUCCUAAUUUUGCCAACCUGAAUACAAAUGAGGAGAAGGAUGUGGAUGUGGCCCGCUGUGGAGCUCUAGCGCUGUGGAGCUGCAGCAAGAGCAUUAAAAACAAGGAGGCCAUUCGUAACGCUGGGGCCAUCCCACUACUGGGACACCUCCUCAAGUCUCCACAUGAGAACAUGCUUAUCCCUGUGGUUGGCACCCUGCAGGAGUGUGCCUCAGAGGAAAGUUACAGAAUUGCCAUUCAAAAAGAGGGCAUGAUCAAAGAUUUGGUCAAAAACCUGACCAGUAACAAUGAUGAGCUACAAAUGCACUGCGCCAGUGCAAUCUUCAAGUGUGCCGAGGACAAGCAAACCCGUGACCUGGUGCGUAAAUACAAAGGUUUGCAGUCUUUGGUUUUACUUCUGGGGAAGGCGGAGAACAAGCAGCUCCUGGCUGCUGCCACUGGGGCAAUCUGGAAGUGUUCCAUCAGCAAGGAGAAUGUGGCUAAGUUUCAGGAGUAUAAAGCCCUGGAGACUUUAAUAGGUCUGCUGACUGAUCAACCAGAAGAUGUGCUGGUCAACGUAGUGGGCGCCCUGGGGGAGUUUGCACAGAUACCUGCUAACAAAACAACUGUCCGCAAGUGUGGAGGCAUCAAGCCACUAGUUCACCUGCUCACCCGGACAAACCAGGCGCUGCUCGUGAAUGUAACAAAGGCAGUAGGUGCCUGUGCCACAGAUAAGGACAACAUGGUAAUCAUUGACCAGCUUGAUGGAGUUCGUCUAUUAUGGUCCUUGUUGAAAAAUCCCAGUGCUGAUGUUCAGUCCAGUGCUGCGUGGGCUCUUUGUCCAUGCAUUGAGAAUGCCAAGGAUGCUGGGGAAAUGGUGCGCUCCCUCGUCGGUGGAUUGGAACUGAUUGUUAAUUUGCUGAAGUCAACAAACAAUGAGGUUCUGGCAAGUAUAUGUGCUGCCAUUGCCAAAAUAGCCAAGGACAAGGAAAAUCUGGCAGUCCUCACUGAUCACGGAGUUGUUCCACUACUGUCCAAGCUAACAAACACAAGAGAUGUCAAACUCCGUCACCACCUGGCUGACGCCAUUGGCCACUGCUGCAUGUGGGGCUCUAACAGGGUGUCCUUUGGCGUGGCCGGGGCUGUGGCACCUUUGGUCUGCUACCUGAAAUCGCAAGACAGCGCUGUCCACCAAAGCACAGCGAUGGCCCUGUACCAGCUGUCCAAGGACCCCAACAAUUGUAUCACAAUGCACGAGAAAAGAGUGGUCAAGCCCCUCAUCCACAUCAUGGGCUCUAAUGAAGAGACGAUCCAGGAAGCUGCCGCUGCCUGUGUCCGCAACAUUCGACUGCUAUCGUUGGCUAAUAGGAAGGCACAGUUAUUUCAAUGACAGUCAAUGAUGAAUGAAGAAAUAGACUUCUGAGAAGGACAUUUCUUCCCUGAGUUACACCACUGAGUACAGCUAAAGGUGUAGUUAACUACAAACCAUUGAUCCCUGUCAGUUGUAAAGUAUCAAAACAAUCAGUUGAAAUAUGGUUUGCCUGGAGACAGCACAGCAUUUACAGUAGGAAAUACCAGAGCACACUGUGAAUAAACUGUUUGCCGCCAAAGCAUUUUAGCCCCUGUAGAAAGAGGAUCACCACAGGUUUGUGAAAUGCUCUGUUCAACAGCAGGAUUUCAUUUAGAUUAUUAUAUUUAUUUACUUUACUUGUAACUUGACUUGUCUACCUUUUGAUUUUAAGAGUCAAUGUCCGGUUCCUGUCUGCAUUGCAUUCUGCUUCGCAUUCUUUUCUUCUUCUUCUUCUUCUUCUUCUUCUUCUUCUUCUUCUUCUUCUUCUUCUUCUUCUUCUUCUUCUUCUUCUUCUUCUUCUUCUUCUUCUCAUUAUUCAGACUGAUUCUGUGAUCUCUGCCUCGUGUCCUCAUAUGCAACCUCACCACAUCAUACAAAUCCUGAGUUUGUCUCUACAGACAUCCGUCUUUUCUCCCACUUUUUUGCCUAUUAAAUGCCUCUUUGACAAGUUUCUGUCAAGCCACAUUAUCCUACUUUGUCUCAGGUCCUACUGUAAGUAUCCACAUUUUUUCCCAAGAUGAGUUGUUUGCGUGAGAUUGCAAGAUCAAGUUAUGGAAACUGCUGUGCUCAUGUUCAUUAAACCCAGGAGAAGUCUUGGA